UCUAGCCUGUUGGUUUGUAUCAUUGCUUUGCUCCAUUGAUUUGAUGUUUAGUUAUGUAGUCCUACACAGCAGAGCAGCUCUGUUGGCAGACAGUCAUCUGGCUAGUUGUGUGCUGAUAGUUCGCAGCAACGUUGUAAGACAUUCUAGAUCGAUGCUGUGGUGUUAGAUCGGUGGUGUUUUAUCAAAAGACUGCAGCUCUGAAGAAACGUGUGUGUUGUGUACUGGUAAAACCCCAGUUUAGUUGUGUGUCACUACAGCCCUAGUUGUGCUCUGCUGUGCUCUGCUGUGCUCUGCUCUGUUGCACGGCGCCUGUGUCCCGUGUCACAGAGGAAGCAUUGAUCAGACAGCUACUGAGGCUCAAUACACAAUGAGGCCUGGCCCGAGAUCUCUACUCCUCCCAACCCCCCUCUCCCUCUCCCUGCGUGCCCUGCUCCUGCUCUGCCUUGCGCCGCGUUGCCAGGCGGUGCAGGCUGAGAAUGUGACAGUGUUGGAGGGAGGCACGGCCCAGAUCUCCUGUCGUCUGCAGAACUAUGACGGCUCCAUUGUGGUUAUCCAGAACCCUCGCAGACAGACCCUCUUCUUCAACGGCACACGAGCGUUGAAGGAUGACCGUUUCCAGAUGGUUCUCUUCACUCCCCGUCUGGUGCGCAUCACCCUCACCAACGUGAGCGUGUCGGACGAGGGCGGCUACUUCUGCCAGCUCUACACCGAUGACACCCACCACCAAGUGGCCACUCUGUCCGUGUCCGUUCCUCCCGACACCCCCACGGUGGAGGUGAAGCAGGAGGCCGUGGAGGGCGGCGAAGUGGAGCUCACCUGCCUGUCGCCGCGCAGCAAGCCCCCCGCCACGCUGCGCUGGAUCAGGGACCGCCGGGAGAUACCAGGUGUGGUGUCCCAGCAGGAAAAUGGGAAGACAGUGAGUGUGUCCAGCACCAUCCGUCUCCCUGUGGAGAGGAAAGACAACGGGGCAGCGGUCAGCUGUGAGGCAUCCCACCCCGCCCUGGGGGGGCAGAAGAGGGUCCGCCACUACCGCCUCGACGUCCACUUUGCCCCCACAGUGAGGAUCAUCCCUCCCCCUGGCAUCCUCCGAGAGGGAGACUCUCUCAGCCUCACCUGCUCCAUCACUGGCAACCCACUGCCUAGGGAUGUCCAGUGGACUAGGAUUAAUGACACCUUACCUGAGAGGGCGGAGAUCUCUGGCACCACCCUCCAGGUGUCCCGUCUCAGCCAAUCACACAACGGGACCUACCUGUGCCAGGCGCAGAACAACUACGGUCGUGCCGCUGACCACUACACGCUGCUGGUGUACGAGAACGUGUCUGUCACUACCAUGGUCCUUCCCACCUCCCAUCACACCACCUCCCACCCAAUCACCCUCCUCAUAACCCCCAGCUACGCACCGGACCUCCGAGACCCCGGUGCAGUGAUUGAGACCCACAGUGCAGUACCGUACGCUGUGAUAGGGGGCGUUCUGGCUCUGCUGGUCUUCACCAUCAUCUGUGUUCUCAUCAUCACCAUCUGGUGCUCUGUCCGACAGAAAGGUUCAUAUCUUACCCAUGAGGCCAGUGGGUUGGACGAGCACGGGGAGGUCCAGGAGGCUUUCCUCAAUGGGAAUGAUGCCAGUCAGGGCAAGAAGGAGUACCUACUGUAGCCUCCAUCUCCAAAACCCACACCCCUCCCCCAACAUGCCAUGACGGGUGGCCUUUUGAAUCGACUGUAAUACUACUGCACACAGACCACAUUACAGACCACAACAUAAACCACAACACAGACCACAACAGAGACCGAAAGAGAGAUCCGUCCAGCCCUUACAUUACAACUGUGCCAUACUGUAGGUGUACUGGAGGAAGGAGCGAGGGAGGAUGGCAGAGAAAGGGGAAAGUGAUAAUAGGGUCAUUAUUUUGAUAGAGAGAAGAGAUAACAAGAAAGAAAGCCUCAGCACUUUCCUUCCCACUUUCCUUCCCUGUGGUAAUUGGAGAGGGAGGGAGAAAGAGAGAGGAAGGAGAGAGAAAAAAUGUGGUGGGGUCGGUAUGGUUUCCAGAAGCUAUUGAGUUUGAAUGUUAAAUUUGAUUACUUGAAAUUGCCAAAGCACAUCAGCCCACAGAGAGCAGCUCAUCUAUAAUUAUUUGACAACAUUGCAGAGUGUUACCCUGAAAGUCUCAUAAAGUAUAUCUGAACUGUUCAGUCAAUUCUGCAGACAACCCAGGUAUUGUAUUUGCCGUCCGUUCUGGGGAGUCUGCCAAUGUUUUCUGGGUAAUUUAGAAACCUUCCUGUUAAGAAUGACUGCUUUCCUCGCAGAACAGAAUUGUUGUUUCUCUUCUUUGAAUUGUCUCUCUCUUUCUCCCUCCCUCUCUCUUCACUUCUCUUUCUAGUCCUCUUCUUCUCCCUCCCUCCCUCCCUCCCUCCCU